AUGAAACUCUUUCCACUUAUCUAUCUAUCUAUCUAUCUAUCUAUCUAUAUGCACCAUAUUUUUUAUUGUCCUGUCUACUCACCAUUGUGGCCUUGCCCUAUCCACUCACCCUUGCUGCCUUUCCCUGUUCACACAGUUUCAGUCUUGUCCUGUCCACUCACCACUGCAGUCUUGCCCUGUCCAUUAAUCCUUACUGCCUUGCCCUGUCUACUUACCAUUGCAGUCUUCCUCUGUCCACUCACCCUUACUGUCUUGUCCUAUCCACUCACACUUGCUGCCUUGACCUGUCCACACAGCUGCAGUCUUGCCCUGUCAAUUCACCACUGCAGUCUUCCUCUGUCCAUUCACCCUUGCUGUCUUGCCCUAUCCACUCACCCUUGCUGCCUUUCCCUGUCCACACAGUUGCAGCCUUGCCCUGUCAACUCACAAAAGCAGUCUUGCCCUACCCACUCAUCAUUGCAGUAUUGCCCUAUCCAUUCACCAUUGCAUCCUUCCUCUGUCCACUGA